CGGUAAGGUGAGAAGUUUUUGCUUCUCCCGUUUUCUAAUUGAUUUUGUCUCGUAGGGCUGACAUAGAGUUGAAACCAAGAUGACAGUCAAAUACGGCGUGGCGGUGUUUCUGUUGCUGUGUCUGGCGGCCGAGGUUCGGGGAGGGUGCAAUCGGACCGCCGGACGGAACGGAACAGCCGGCGGGGGGACAGGCGACUUUCGCCCGCUGGUUCUUCUGAGCGAGGCGGUACUACUGACGCUCGGCUUCGGGCUUUUUGCCGGUCUGGUAGCCUUCGCCUUCACGCUGGUGCGGAAACACGUGUACCAUGACCAGGACGACUUGGACACCACGUUCGACGCGGGGGGUCAGGUGUCGGUGGGUCUGACGGCGACUACCAUCGUGUCCCAGUGGACCUGGGCCGCCACGCUACUGCAGUCAUGUACGGUGGCUAGUAAGUUCGGCAUCAGCGGCCCGUUCUGGUACGCCGCCGGCGCCUCCGUGCAGAUCAUCGUGUUCGCCAUCUUGUCUAUCGAGAUGAAGAUGAAGGCGCCUGGAGCUAAGACGUACCUGCAGGUGAUCAAAGCCCGGUUCGGCGCGAAGGCCCACCUGGUGUUCUGUGUGUUCGCUCUCCUGACCAAUGUGCUGGUGACCGGGAUGCUCCUGCUGGGAGGCAUAGCCUCGAUCACAGCCCUCGUCAACGGCCUCAGCACGGAGACCGCAUCCAUCUGCCUGGCCAUUGUUAUCGGUUCGUACACGCUGAUUGGUGGACUCGGUGCGACCUUCUAUGUCUCCUACUUCAACACAGCUUUGAUCUUUACCGUGCUGAUCAUCAUCAUAGCAAAGGUGUAUCUGGUGGGAGCAGACGCCACCCAGAACCCCCUGGGUAGCGCGGACGCCGUGUUUGACCUGCUGGCGUGCAGCAGUGGUCCGGCCGGUAACAGGGACCAGAGUUACCUCACCUUCUUCUCCACCGGAGGUCUGAUGUUCGGCGUCAUCAACAUCAUCGGCAACUUCGGAGCCGUCUUCUGUGACCAGGCGUACUGGCAGAGCACCAUCGCGGCACGGCCUUUACAGGGCGUGUGGGGGUUCAUCUCCGGCGGGCUGACGUGGUUCGCCAUCCCGUUCUCCAUGGCCACCACCGUGGGGCUCGCCUACGUGGCGCUCGGCACGGUCAAGGGCGAGGCGCUGCUCUCAGGGGAGGACGUGGACAAAGGCCUGGUAGCCUCUGUGGUGGUGAACCAGCUGAUGGGUCACACGGGUCAGGUCAUCCUCCUGCUGAUGCUGCUGAUGGCAGUCAUGUCCACAGGGUCAGCCGAGGUCAUCGCAGUCACCUCAAUCAUCGUGUACGACAUCUACAAGGACUACAUCUGCCCAUUCAGGAGGGGCCUCGAAGAAGACGACUGUGUCCUUUGCGGCAACAAGAGAGAGAACGCCAUCAGCGAAGCCGAGAAGUGCCUCUGUCAUCCCAUCUCCUCCUGCACAAAGUGCCACGAGGAGGACCGCCUGCGCACUCAGCAAGCCGACUUCUACCAGUACACCUGUCCCACGCACGCCGCCUACCGGAACUACAUGGAAAUGCUGCUGGGGAAGAAGAACAUCUACAUAGUGGUGGUUACCGUGGCAACGGUGCCUCUUGUGCUUCUCGCUGACGCGGCAGGACUGAACCUGGGUUGGAUUUAUCUGUUCAUGGGUGUGCUGAUCGGGGCUGCAGUCAUCCCUAUCGGCAUGGCGCUGUUCUGGUCGCGCACCACGGCGGGCGGGAUGAUUGCCGGGGCGACAAUCGGCUGUGUGCGGGCGGUGAUCUGCUGGCUCAUCACCGCGGCCACCUUCCCGGGCGGACUCGGCGGAGGGAACUUCAUCAAAAACACCGGCGACCAGGUGAGCAUGAUCGUGGGUAACCUGGUGAGUAUCCUGUCUGGAGGCGCGAUCUGUGCCGUGGUGAGUGUCGUGCAGAGUCUCCGCAAGCCGAGCGGCGAGCUGGUGAAGGAGUGGGAGAAAACCCGCCGUGUGGACAACCCGCUAAAGCCUUGGGGACCCACCUACCAGAGCGCCUACAAGAUGACGUCAGCCAACAAGCUGAACGACCGCCCGUCCUUCGAGGAGAUCCGCAGUUUCUGUCGAAAACCCCGGAUGACCGCGUUGAUUGCUGGGAUAGUACUGAGCGUCGUUCUGGUCAUUGUCUGGCCGGCCGGCAUGUUGGGGGUGGGCGUUAUGAACGGAGCAGAGUUCCAACACUGGGUGAACGUGUCCCAAACCUGGGCCUUCCUGGCAGCCGCCUUCCUCAUCAUCGUGCCGCUGGUGCAGGAGGUCAUGUCCAUCUAUAACAACUACCGGGUCAACAAGGCCAACGGGAACGGUGACCCGGAAGUGAUCAUGAACGAGUCGGCUCCAGGAUCCAACGGAGUCAUGCCUCCCGAUUCUUCAACAACUCGCCUCUGAAAAGUCGGCAAACUUUUCUUGAUCUGAUGAAGUAUUAUUCAGCAUAGCAAAACAGUAUAAAAAUUAUUAAUGGAAGGUGUAUGAUUUCUUACUGCUAGGUCCUUGUAUUGUGAAUGUGGGAUAAGGGUAUUUUAACAAUAGUAUAGCAUUUUUGCAUUAUUAAAGGUAUUACUAUUUUUAUACUCUUCAACUACCUCAACUGUUAGAACCGCAUUACGCCUGAACCUACCUCGAAUAUAUCUAUUCUGCCAUAAAUUAUUAUUACAUAAUGUAUUUUUGAUAAAAGUUCCUAAAUGGUUAAUGGUUCAUAAACUUGACCGACGCAAAUCUUCUUGACUAUUGUCUGUCAAACCGUAUUGUCAAAAUCCUUAGUUUUGUGACUACUCAAUGGUAAAUGAUCGCGCCUAAGAAGCAUAAUAACGAUACUUGUAUACUCGACGUCAUUGACAUUGCCUUCUGAAAUAACUAUGCCCCCAGUACUAUCACGAACUGUAACUAGCUUGCCCUGCAGACACUAUGAAACGAAAGACUCAUUAUUAUAUUACAUACUUAAGUUAUUAUAUUAUAUAUUUAGGUCACUAGAGGUGGAAUACUAAAUCUACACUAAAAUAGCGAGCACUAUACUAAACAAAUGACCCAUGGCUCAGGGAUGGAGGUACUUACGUGUUGUAGUUUUAUAUUGAUUAAGAAUAUCUUUAGAAUGUUAGCUAUACUUUGUAUUCUAUUCAGUCAGAAAAUUCUAUAAGCUAUCCAAUACAACAUUGUUCCUUUUAUUAUGUGGUGACAAUAAAGGUAUGUUUUUAAUCUAUA